CAUCACACACAUUACAUAUUACAUACACCAUCACCAUGUCUCCUUGGCUUAUAGCCUUUGCUACUAUAGUAGCAGCGAUCCUUAUUAACCGGCUUUUGAAGCUCCUAAGUGGACCUUCAUUACCUCUGCCACCAGGCCCCAGGCCAUGGCCCAUCGUGGGAAACCUACCCCACAUGGGCCCGGCACCGCACCAGGGCCUGGCAGCUUUAGCCCAAACUUAUGGGCCGCUGAUGCACCUCCAGCUGGGUAUCGCGCAUGUGGUGGUGGCAGCGUCUGGCACGGUGGCAGAGCAGUUUUUGAAGGUUCAUGACGCGAAUUUCUGCAGCCGGCCAUUAAACUUCAGGACCAAGUACAUGACCUAUGACGUAAAAGACCUCAUAUUUGCACCCUACGGCCCACGGUGGCGGUUUCUGAGGAAAAUAAGCACCGUUCACAUGUUCUCCGGUAAGGCCUUGGAUGAUUUUUGUCAACUGCGACAGGAAGAGGUGAAGAGAUUGAUACAUAAUUUAGCAAUAUCAAAAUCCAAAGCAGUGAACUUAGGGCGACUAUUGAACAUAUGUACCACCAACACAAUGUCAAAGAUAAUGAUAGGGCGACGACUUUUCAAUGAUUAUGGUAGUUAUGAUACAAAGGCAGAUGAGUUUAGAUCUAUAGUGGGGGAUCUUAUGGCAUUGCUUGGAGUUUUCAAUAUCGGUGACUUUGUUCCUAUCUUAGACUGGUUGGAUCUUCAAGGAGUAAAACCCAAGACAAAGAAUUUACAUAAGAGGCUUGAUGCAUUUUUAACUACCAUUCUUGAAGAACACAUAAUUUCCAAGAAUGAGCAAGACAAAAACUUUUUGAGUGCAUUGCUAUCACAUAAAGAGACUCAUCAAGAAGGAGAUGAAGUCCUUGAACACGAGAUCAAAGCAAUAUUUGCGGACAUAUUAAUUGCUGGGACAGAUACAUCAUCAAGCACAAUAGAAUGGGCAAUAGCAGAACUAAUUAAGAAUCCAAAAAUCAUGGUUAAGGUCCAACAAGAGUUGAAUAUUGUUGUGGGUCAAGAUAGGCUUGUGACUGAACUAGACUUACCCCACCUUCCCUACUUGCAAGCUGUGGUGAAGGAAACAUUACGUCUCCACCCACCGACCCCUCUCCCACGAGUUGCUGAAGAAGCUUGUGAAAUAUUUGGUUACCACAUACCUAAAGGUGCAACUCUUUUGGUUAAUAUUUGGGCCAUAGGGCGUGACCCCAAGGAAUGGAUUGACCCAUUAGAGUUCAAGCCUGAAAGGUUUCUCCCUGGUAGUGAAAAAGUUGAUGUUGAUGUUAAGGGUAAUAAUUUUGAGGUUAUACCUUUUGGUGCUGGGCGUAGAAUAUGUGUUGGUGUAAGCCUAGGUCUAAAGGUGGUUCAAUUGCUUGUUGCAACCUUAGCCCAUGCAUUUGAUUGGGAGUUAGAAAAUGGGUUGGACCCCAAAAAACUCAACAUGGACGAAGCAUAUGGGCUCACCCUCCAAAGAGCAGUGCCUUUAUCUGUCCACCCUCAUCCUAGGCUCUCACAACAUGUGUAUUCGUCAUUGUAAUUUGGAAUUUAGUUUCUUUUAAUAAGGUGUACCCAAUAAAAAUUGUUUAUUAAUAAAAAAGUCAGUGUUUGUUACGU